AUUAUUGUGCUACAGAAUAUUCAAAACAGCUGAUUCAAUCCCCACUUACUGCGUGCACAUCUGAUCCGGCUGCUCGCGUUUCUCCAACGCUUUGGUUCAGUAGUGUUUCCCUUUACUCUUACUCUCUCUGUUAGAGACUUCAAUUCCGACUGAAGCAAAAUGGCUGACCCUGAAUUGGAAGCUAUCAGGCAAAGGAGAAUGCAAGAGCUUAUGGCUCAGAAUGGUGUGCAGGGAAAUUCGCAAAACACUGAUAAACAGAAAGCCCAGGAAGAAGCGAAAAGGGAUGCGGAUGAACAAAGGCAAAUGAUGCUUAGUCAGAUUCUGUCAUCAGAAGCGCGAGAACGACUUGCUCGAAUUGCUUUGGUUAAGCCUGAGAAAGCAAGAGGAGUUGAAGAUGUUAUACUGAGAGCUGCUCAAAUGGGUCAGAUAGUUGAGAAGGUUUCUGAAGAGAGGCUCAUAUCGCUGCUGGAACAAAUCAAUACCCAAACAACUAAACAGACAAAAGUGACAAUCCAGAGGCGACGGAGUGUUCUUGAGGAUGACAACUAGCGUUUUGAAUCCAAUGUAUCUGCUGAUAUGUGAUAGUACGGACUUUCUCGUAGUGUAUAUCUUGUGAUAUCUGUGAAUCUUGUGAUCUGCAGUUUCCUUUUCUGUAUCUUUCAGUCAGCCUUGUCAUCUUUAUUGUCCUCUUGUUUCUACAAAAUUCUCUGGAUACUUUGUUUUUAUUGAGUGGUAAUGGAGUUGAUUGCGAUUCCCUGCA